AUGUCUCAUUCAGAGUCUCCCUCGGAGUCUUACUCAGAGACCCCUACUCAAGAAGAAGAGAUCAUUGGCCCACUUCAAGCCAAGCAAAUCCUUCGAAAGAUCGAUUGGCGAAUCAUUCCUCUACUUCAAUUCCUAUACAUGUUAACCUUUCUCGAUAGAGUGAAUAUCGGAAAUGCUAGGUUAUGGAAUUUGGAACGAGAUCUGAAGAUGUCGGGUUACGAUUACAACAUCGUCGUACUAAUCUUCUAUAUUCCUUACAUCAUACUGGAGAUCCCGUCGAAUUACUUUUUUAACCGCAUCGAACCCAGGAAGUUCAUGGCUAUAAUAAUGAUGGGUUGGGGAUUGACAAUCACAUUUUCUGGAUUUUCGCAAAGCUAUGCGGGGCUCCUUGUUUCCCGCGUACUUAUCGGGGUUUUCGAAGCUGGCAUGUUUCCCGGUUGUAUAUAUCUGAUCUCUGGAUGGUACCGCCGGCACGAACUUGUAACUCGUAUGGCCUUCUUUUUCGUUGCAAACGACAUUGCAGGGACGAUAUCGGGACUCUUCGGCGCAGGCUUGGGGUCUCUCGACGGCUUAAACGGCUAUUCGGGAUGGCGGUGGAUCUUCUUCAUCGAAGGUGCGAUGACCAGUCUCGCGGCGAUCCUCGCUUGGUUCUUCGUACCCCCGUUUCCGGAGGAUAGCUCUUUCUUGACUCCCGUGGAGAAGAAGUGGCUGUUGCGGAGGUUGAAGACGGAUAACAAGGGCAUGUCCCACGAAAAGAUGACUAUAGGAUCGGUAGUGGACUCGCUCAAGGACUGGAAGGUCCUUACGUCCGGUGUCAUCUAUCUAGGAGUCUGCACCACGGCGUAUUCUAUCUCGGUCUUUCAGCCGACGAUUCUGCUCACGUUUGGCUGGGAUGAUCUCAAGUCCAACCUUUUGAGCGCGCCACCGCGAGUCGCGUCCGGCAUCAUCUCGGUGACGAUCGGCAUUUGGUCGGAUCGGAUUCAGCUUAGAGGGAUCUUCUGUCUAGGCGGAUUCUUGUUGAGUAUAUUGGGUAUGUUUCUCAUAGCAUAUUUAGAGGGAGCUUUGAGAUACAUGGGGAUAUACUUCGCUGCGAUUGGAAUCUAUAUCGUUCAACCUUUAUCCAUCGCCUGGUGUACGAAUCAGGUCACGAGCUCCAACAAACGGGGAACCAUCACUGCAUUUGCUGGAACUAUAGGACAGGUUGGCGGCAUUAUCUCAGCUGUCGUGUUCCCGUCCCAGGAUAGUCCUCGAUACAUUCCCGGUCUCAUGACAUGCAUCGCUUUACAGAUUGCAGGAAUCAUUGCCGUCGUCAACCUAUGGAUCUGUUGUUAUUAUGAGAAUAGACAGCGCGAGGCGGGCAAACGUGACUACUUGCGAGACUUGUCUCAGGAGGAUCAAGAUCGACUGGGAGAGAAGCAUCCUGACUUUCGAUACACUCUGUAA